AUAAAUCCACCUCUGUGGAUCUGGUCAGUCCUUUUUCCUCCACGCUGAGCUGCCGCUUCUUCGGGUCCAGGCUUCAAAAAGUAGCUUCGACUUCUUCAGUUAUGGCUGACCAGGCUUUUGUGACGUUGGCUACCAAUGACAGCUAUGGUCGGGGAGCCAUGGUUUUGGGCAAGUCCCUGCGAAACCACAACACAACCAAGAAGCUGGUGGCUCUCAUUGGUCCACAAAUGUCAGAGCCUUGCCGGUCCGUGCUGAAGGGAAUCUUCGACGAGGUGAGGCUGGUGGAUGUCUUGGACAGCGGCGACGCGGCGCACCUGGCACUGAUGAAGAGGCCAGACCUGGGCGUCACCUUCACCAAACUCCACUGCUGGACUCUGACGCAUUACUCCAAAUGUGUCUUCAUGGACGCAGACACUCUGGUGCUAUCAAAUAUAGAUGACUUGUUUGACCGAGAAGAACUGUCUGCUGCUCCCGACCCCGGCUGGCCUGACUGUUUCAACUCCGGCGUGUUUGUUUUUCGGCCUUCUGAGGAGACUCAUGGCAAACUGCUCCAGUAUUGUACAGAACACGGCAGCUUUGAUGGAGGAGACCAAGGUGUUUUGAAUGGCUUUUUCAGUGACUGGGCAACAGCUGAUAUAUCAAAACACCUCCCAUUCAUCUACAACCUCAGCAGCGUAGCCAUCUACACUUACCUUCCAGCAUUCAAGCAAUUUGGUGGCAAUGCCAAGGUGGUCCAUUUCCUAGGGAAGACCAAGCCAUGGUGUUACACCUAUGACGCCAACUCCAAACAGAUCACAGGAAAUGUGCACGAGGCCACCACACACCCCACGUUCCUCCUGGACUGGUGGACCCUUUACUCCAGUGCUGUGGUGCCCAUGCUGCAGGAGCAGUACGGAGACGAGCCUUUCCAAUCCGGAUGUGUGGAGGAUGAGAGCUGUACUUCACUCGAACAAGCCGAAGCCCAGUUGUCCUCAGAAGAACGGAAGAAGAACUGGGAGCAAGGCCAGGCAGACUACAUGGGAAUGGACUCAUUUGACAAUAUCAAGAAAAAGCUUGAUUCUUUUCUCAAAUAAAGAAGUAAUGAAGCGGGAUAUCGAAGUAGCACUUGUAGUUUUUCUCAAUUAAAGAAGUAAUGAAGCGGGAUAUCAAACCAGCACUUGCAGUUUAACAAACUCACCAUAAGUCUUUCAACAAAAUUCUGUAAAACAUUUUUCCAUCUUGGCUGUUACUGACUCUCACUGAAACCAGCACUACCCCACUAAGUUACCUUUUCUGAACGGCUUUAAUUGUCUAUGCAAGACUGUCAUAAUUCAGUUUCACCCAGCCACAGGUAUCUGUCCUGCACCUUUUCAAAGGUAUUUGCAAUAUAUAGAUUUUGCAUACAUUUUUCCAUGUCUUUCAUGCCAAUGCUCGUUUUAAUAACAAGUCGAGCUGGGUUUGUUGUAUGUGUCGUGGCAAAGAUUAGCAGUCAAUAAUGUGGAUCUAAUUUUUCUUCUUUAAUGUCAUUUUUUUACCAUGCACUCUUCUGAGCAUUAACUAUUGCUUUUUCUCAGUUUAUUUCUUGUGCUUUUGAAUUGGGGGGGGAAUAGACUCUGUUUAACAUAACUCAAAACAUGUUUACAGCACGUCUAAAUGCCAUAGUAUUGCUAUUCUGCCAUACUCCUUAGUGCCUUCUUGCUCUCUUUAUCUAUUGCAUCACCCUCUCUGUGGACUAGCAGCUAGCUUCUUAUGUGCAGUCUGUGUAGGACAUUAGGUUUGAACUCUCUUGUGUUGUACUUGACCAGAAUGUUUUCUGUACUGUAAAGUCUUCCUUUUGGAACUAUUAAAAUAUCAUUAGUUGUUUGGGA